UACUCUCUAGCAGGACCUUCUCACCUCGUCAGCUUAUGACAGCAACCUUUAAUAAAAAGCACAGAUAAGCGUUUAUGCGCUGGCGCUUGGAGGAAUCUGUUGUUCACCUCAACUCCGCCUCUUGACUUGCAUUUCAGCCCUACUUGGAGACCACGUUUAUUGCCAACCAGUGUCACCACUUGACCUGACUUGCAUCUUACCCGCAUACAAGAGGCCGACUCUUUUGGGGCCGUUGGAAGACUUAAAUAACAACCUCACCAGCACAGUAUUCUCAACCCGGUUCCCCAAAUUUAUCAACGUCGCCUCCCUUGGUUUCAUUCCUACCAGCUGGUAACGCUGCUAGUCACGAUGCCCCCCAAACCACCCACCGCCUUGAAGAAGCAACAGAUUACCUUGGCGCAAUUGUCAUCAUACGACGAUAUACUAACAGACGCAUUAGUUGAUCAUGCCUACUAUUGGACCACAAUCCCAAAGAACCGCCCAUCUUAUCACCCGUCAAGAGGUGUAAAAGAGGAGGAAAUUGCGAAGAUUGUUCAAAAUCAUCUUAUUGUCGACCCGGAUCUCGAUACUGCCGAAUCCAAGCUACUUGCGACAGACGGAUUGCGCAAAUUUUAUGACGCACUGAAGACUCCUAAGGAGAAAGAUGACUUCCGUGCUCAUCUUCGUCGCUAUAUGCAGAUCUAUCUUCCCGAAUGUCCUUACGAAGUCAGCUCGACGAAUCGCUACACGAUUGUCACCCAUGAGGCUGCCAUAACUGCACGCAAGUACAUCAGGAGGGGGCAGCCGAUUAAAUACCUUUCUGGUAUCCAGGUGUUAAUUACGGAGAAGGAAGAGAAGGAACUAUCCAAGAGAAAGAAAGAUUUCAGCAUCGUUGUUAGCGCGAGGAAUAAGUGCGCAAGCUUGUUCAUGGGACCUGCACGAUUCGCGAACCACGACUGCGGAGCCAAUGCGCGUUUGAUGACUACUGGCCAAGCAGGAAUUGAAAUCAUCGCGGCGCGCGACAUCGAAGUAGGGGAUGAGAUUACUGUCACAUACUCCGAGAACUACUUUGGCGUGGAUAACUGUGAAUGCCUAUGUAAAACAUGCGAGGACAAUCUGGUGAACGGGUGGGAACCGGCUGACGGUACUGUGGCUGUAAAGAAGAGUAUCGAGGCAAUAACUGUAGAGGGCUACUCUCUGCGCCAUAGGAGGCGAGACGAUAGUUGCGCCUCUACCUCUCGAACCCCUUCUGUCACCCCUGAUAUUCGACCUAGGAUUCUGAAGACACGCUCCAAGACUCUGAAGGUGGGCUCAGAACGAGCGUCCACCCUUGGGUCUCCUGCCCCCCAAGGCAUUUUGCGCCAGAAGCGAAAACGUGAAUUUGAGUCACUCCAGUCACCACCUGUCACGCCAAAUAAAAAACUGAAGACGCUUCAGCACGAGAUCCAGGCCGUACCUACUCUACCGAGCUUAUCCAGGCGAAGCAGCGAUGAAGAUUCAGUUAGCGCUCGCUCUUCAGGGCGUGAAAGCGUCGACGUGAUGUCAACAGACGUAACAACACCUGAAGAAGACAUUAAGGAGCCUCUUCUUAGUUCACCAAUUCUGACCCCAGUCAAACUACCAGCGAGCCCUUUGAAACUGGAAGAUUCAGAGACGCCUUCUCUUUCCGAAAUUACGUACACCCCGACAACUCCAGUUACUCAAGAUUCAAUUGCAGUAGCGCCAUUGCCUACUAUCGAAAGCAUGACCCAAACUAGUGACGUGAUUAUAGUGACACCUCCAUCCAGUCAAGUUGAGGAACAGCCUUCAGACGUCAUUACUCUUCCACCUUCAGUCACACUUGAGAUUUCCGCCGCCGUCGCCGACUUAACACAAGUAACCGAGCCAAUUCUUGUGCCUACUGAGCCAACUCCCAAUAACGAACUUACUCCCAAACGAGGUCGUCCCAGAGGCAGGGCCUCAAAGGCCGAACUCCCUGCAAUCAGCCAUACAGUCGAGGAACAUGCACCUCCAUCUCGCACUCGGAUUCCAGGGGAUUACACGCUUACGCCACUCUUACUUUCCGAACCUAACACUGCCUGGAUACACUGCACUGUGUGCAACGAACCAUUUGUACAGCAGAAUGCUUACUUUACGAGAAGCUCGUGUCCGCGGUGUGAACGGCACUCUAAACUGUACGGUUAUCUAUGGCCUAAGACGGAGAAAGAGGGCAAGCAUGAUAAGGAGGAGCGCGUCCUAGAUCAUCGUACUGUCCAUCGAUUCUUGACAGCAGAGGACGAAGCUAAGAUCCGCGGACGAAAGUUACCCUUCGCUGCUAGCGCUUCUACUUCUAGUAAGGAGACACCAGAGAGAAGGGGAAGAGGUCGACCUCGAAAGAUGCGCCUCGGCUCGGAUCCAGAGGAUGAAUUCUACGAUGGAGAGGAUGAUGAACAGAACGGCGUCAGACGGAGUAUGAGAAGACGACAACCCAGUCUAAAAGCUGUUAGCUAGCACGCAAAAGUUGGGAUAACCCUUGACUGGGCUAAUUGGUCGAAUUCGUAAUUGCAAUGUGGAAUCCUAGUGAUGGUGAUGGUGAUGGUGAUAUUGACCGCAAUCUGAAUCGAGCUUGUAACAUUAUUCUUCCAGGCAUAUCGACGGCGUUUCUGUGCCAUAGCGUUUGCAUUGCUUUCUAGUUGGAUUGUAUACUAGUUACAUAUCUGCCAUCUACUAUCAAAUACGCUGCAGUACAGUAGGUAGGCAGUUUUUGGCAAUAAUCAAAUUAAAUAUUUGCAUAA